CGCAGACGCCGCCGGCCCCGCCCGUCACCCCGCUCGGCAGCCACCCGUAUUAGCAGCAGCCCCGGGCGGCGGCACGACGGUCCCCGCCAUGUCUGCGGCCAUGAGACAGAGGUUCGACCAGUUCCUGCACGAGAAGAACUGCAUGACCGAGCUCUUGGCCAAGCUCGAGGCCAAGACCGGCGUGAACCGGAGCUACAUCGCACUCGGUGUCAUCGGGCUGGUGGCCUUGUACCUGGUAUUCGGUUGUGGAGCCUCUCUCCUGUGCAACCUGAUAGGAUUUGGCUACCCAGCCUACAUCUCAAUUAAAGCCAUAGAGAGUCCGAACAAAGAAGAUGACACCCAGUGGCUCACCUACUGGGUGGUGUAUGGUGUGUUCAGCAUUGCCGAAUUCUUCUCCGACCUCUUCCUGUCAUGGUUCCCCUUCUACUACAUGCUAAAGUGCGGCUUCUUGCUGUGGUGCAUGGCCCCGAGCCCCUCCAACGGGGCUGAACUACUCUACAAGCGCAUCAUCCGUCCUUUCUUCCUGAGGCACGAGUCCCAGGUAGACCAUGUGGUGAGUGACUUGAAGGACAAAGCCAAAGAGACUGCAGAUGCCAUUGCUAAAGAAGCCAAGAAAGCUGCCGUGAAUUUACUGGGUGAAGAAAAGAAGAGCACCUAAACCACCGACUGGAUGAAACUUUCCCGCCCUCUCUGUACCUUCCUAUUAGAGCUCGAUGUUGUAUUAGGGACUGUGGUAUAAUCAUUUUAACAUAAUGUUGCCUUGGAAACGUUUUUGAUAUAUUAAAAAAAGGAAUGUGUUGUAAGUUUGUUUUGCUUACUUUUACUGUCUAUAUACAUAGGGAGCAUUUUAAUUUAAAUUUAAUGCAAUGGGCAGUGUCCAAAUUUUUUGGAAAAUAUAUUUUGCCUCUGGGUAGAAAAAGACAUAUGUUACCAUCCUGCAGGAAAUAUUAAAGUAAAAUUAGAUAUCCCACAGGCUUUGUACUUUAAUGGGCCCUCUCUGCAUGCAUUUUCUCUGUACUUAUAUUUCAGGAUACUCUUUAAGGUUCUACAUUCAUGUAAUGUACAAUUUUGUAUUAAAUGUUUUGAAUGUAUUUGUGCAUACAUAUAGGUAGGGAAAUGUUACUGACUAUAUAGCAUGCAUAAUGCUCAUGGAGAGCACCUGCCAAAAACUGAACGUUCCAUUGUGCUGGUGUGAUCUGCUGAAGAGUAUUUCAGGAAAUUAAUACAAACGAGUAGUAUUUUAAAUGAAUAGUUAAGUGGUAAGUGAGCGUGAAUGGAAGUUGGCCUGGUUGUUUUCCUAACGUCGUAGCAGCUGACUACUAGAACAGCUACGUAAAGCAGUCACUUUGGUGAUAAAUGGGGAAAUGUACACAUGUAUCAGUAAUCUACAGCUCCCAGUUCCCUGUAGAACUAGUGAUACCGUCUUGUGGCCUUUUAAAAAUCUGUUUAUAAGCUUUAGAUUUGUCUGGUUUUGAGAUGCUAAAAUGGAAACCACCCCUGGUGUCACCUUCAGUGCUAACAUGUAGUCUUCUUUCCCAGUCAUUUUUUAAACCAGUUUAAAGAACCUCUAGAGACUUGUCCACCUCUGAGUAUAUGUAUGUUGUCAUUUAUAUCAUUAGCUAGCAACUACAUGCUAAUGAUGACACCUGGCUCUGAGAGCAGUUCUGGGAGAGUGAAAGGAGGUAUGCUAUAACCUGUAAUUUAGUUGGCAGCGGUUAAGUCAAAACAGCCUUCACUUUCUUUCUCUAGCCUUUAAGGUCAAACACAAGAGGACUCCCUAGUUGGCAAGUCAGUCAUUUGUAAUCCGUUUAAAUGCCUUCAUCUUUAUGCUUUGUUUUGAUAAACUGCAUAUAACUACAUAGUUUAAGUAUAGAGAAAAAGUUAAAAAUCAUCAUCUCCAGCUUGAUCAGCCAAGUAUCUUAUGGCGACCCUGACAAUUUGUCUGGACUAGAAAAACUGAGCUUUACACCAGCCAUACUACUAGGAUCCUUCUGAAUUAGACAAAACUGACUAAAGAGCGUAACAAAACUAUCAAGAUUAAAUAUCCUGUCUGUAAAAUAUUUUUAAGGCAAAUAAAGCUGAUUAGUUCUCCUUUUGAAUGAUGUCUCAUGAUGUAAAAAUAUAUAUAAAGAUAUCAAAAAUAAGGGACAGUAUCACCCAAAUAUUAUAAUAUGGAGCAGGGCAUUUUUUUUUCCUGGGUAAAACAGUGGUGAUCAUAAGGAGUCUUAGUAAACUUACCUUAAAGAAAAAAAUUUUAGAAAGCAAACAAUUAUUGAGAGAAAAGCCUUGGAUUUAAAAAAAAAAAAAAAAGAAAGAAAAGGUGCUUCUAGGAGUAUUUAAAUCACUUUCCCUGUAAAGAAGUAUGUUUUUCUUGGAGGCAAAAAAAAAAAAAAGGAAAUUAGUCAACUUCUAGCAUACAGAACAUAUAAUCAGAUUGUCAGUAUACAGAAUAUAUUAUCAGGUAAAAUGGGAGGCAUAAAAGUUACUAUUGCUCAUAACUACUUACAGGCUAAUAUCAGUUUAAAAACUACUACAGCAAGAAAACAUUCUGAAUGCAAACUUGUUCUGAUAGCUUUCUCCUAUAAUGCAUUCUGGAGGAAAUUUGUUACUGUUUUUGGCAAAGUGUACAUGUUAAAGACAAGAGAAAUUAUGAGUUUUAACAACUCUGCUUCAGUUUAGAUUUCCCAAGUAAAUAUAUUGUCGUGGUUAGAGUAUUUGAAAAACUAACUGAGCCUGUUUCUAGCUAGAAGACAAGCAUUUAUUUGUACAUGAAUGGUAUUUGGGGGGUUAAGUAAAGUUACAGAAUCUCUACAGCAGUUCUUUCUCUACUUUAAAGGUUUCUGAUCAAUAAUUACUGCUCUUUUGGAGAGUCUUCUGUCCACCGCCUGAGGAAAACGAGCAUGGCCUUUAAUUAAAUUACCACCUAUCCUGAAGAUGUGAUAUAUUAAACGGAAAUGGAUGUAAAUAAAAUUCCAUUAUCUCAUUGAA